CCUCAUUCAGUAGAAGAUGGCGGACUGCGCUCCACUAUUAGAUGAGGAACUCUCGUCCUUUGUCUUCAAUUACCUGACAGAAAACUCCGGCAGCCAGUAUGGGGAGGAGGAGGUGUGUUCGGAUCGCUUGGACACUGACUUCCCGGACAUCGACCUUUCCCAGCUGGACACCAGCGACUUCGACAGCGUCAACUGUCUCAGCGAGCUACAGUGGUGCAACGAUCAGCCGGCGGACGUGUCACCGGCCUCCAUCCACUACAGUACGGCAGAUGAGCUCUUUGAGAUAGAAGAGGAGAAUGCGGCCCUGCUCGCCGCUCUCACUGACAGUUUGGAUGGCAUGGUGGAUGCCGAGGUGGGCGGGCUCUCCGUCUUCCCCGCCCUGGGGGAGGAGCCUGACCAGGAAGAGGAAGACGAGGACAGUCUUUCUCUCAGCACCGAGGACUUCAGCCAGUCCCUGGGGGCCGAGACAGAGGACCCGUCUCUACUAAAGAAGCUGCUGCUGACCCCUCCCAACAUGCCCACGGGCAUCGACGCACACAAAGAUAGAGUCCAGGGGCAUCGCUAUAGCAACCGAAGCCUGCAACUACGGCCGGUCAGACCUCUGGUCAAGGGUGACCUCCGUCAGGAGCGGAAGCCCCGAGCGGUGCGUCCGGCUGGCCGCCUGUGCACAGAACUCCACCGCCACCUCACCACUGCCCGGGAAUCGGAGGACACCCCGGCCCCCGACACAGAGGAGGACGAGGAGAGCGAGUCGGAGGACGAGGAUGAAGAGGAGGAGGAAGUGGAGGAGGAAGAGGAGGAGUCUUCCAGCAGCGAGGUGGAGGGUGUGGCGGUUGUGGCUUCCGUCCCCGCUGAGCCAGCCAAGCCACAGUUUAGCUCGGAGAAGGAACUGCGCUCCGUGGUGGAGCUGAUCACGUACAUGCACACCUACUGCCUGCCCACACGCAAGCAGCAGGGCUGGGAGCGUAAGGACCGCGAAGCCCCGAGGCCUCGGGCCAGACCUGAGGCCUCCCGCCUGGCCGCCACAAACUCUCACAGCAGAGUUGUUUUGGUGGCUACACCUGGGACCAGUGGAGGUUUUACUGGGACAGGCAUCAGUGCCCCCAGGAGGCUCCCCUUUGCAAGGCGAAGGGAGAUGAAAGCCAACUCCCUUCUGCGUGAGCUCCUGCAGCAGAGCAGCUCUUUCGAUGUGAGCAAGCCUUACAGACUGCACAGCCCCCCAUACUCCCACAGCCCUAACAGAGUAGGAGUAUCUGCUCCUUCUGCCGCGGCGAAAUCCGCCUCAACCUACUUCCCCAGCUCCAGCGCCCCUAAGGUAGAGCUUCGUAAAGACUCCUCUUCUCACGAGAGGAGAAGCUGCUCCUCGGAGGCGCCUCAAAGCCCAGAGGAGACCGCAGAGGACGGCGGCUCCUUCUCGGUUCGGCGCUCCCGACGCCUGGCCUCCUUCCCCAGCCGCUUCGCCAAGAGGCUGCGGCCUGGACGGGCAAGGGAAGGAGAGGGGAGGGACAGGGAGGAGAGGGAGGAGGGACGAGCAGGGGUCAAACUCACGCCAACCCAAGCAGGAGGGGGGACGACGACGACGGAGAAGCAGCCAGAGCAGCUAACGCCGGGGGACGGCAGCGCUGGUACAACGGAGCCGACCGAACCCUGCUGCCACGAAAAGCGGGCCUGCCUCUGUCUGCCUCUCAACCCCAAGUCCACUGGAGAGUCCCAGUACAGCACCAAGCCUUUUGAGCAGACGCUCGGUGUGGAUCUGUGUGGAACGGCAGGUCUCACCCCUCCCACCACCCCGCCUCACAAACCAGUGGAGGAUGAGCUCUUCAAGCCGGCCGAGGGAGGAAAGGGAGGUGAAGGAACGGUUGGCGCCGAUGGUGGCAGCGAGGCCUCAAGCACCAACGCCAGCACGGCCGCGAGGGGCUCGUCCUGGCUGAGCCGCACCCACCACCAGCGCAAGCUUCCAGAGCAAACGGAGCUGUAUGCCCAACUGCGGCGCAUGGGCCAGGCCGGCGACACCGACACCCACCGCGCCUUUGGGGACCACGACUACUGUGCACUGAGCCUCGGGGAGAGCCGCAAGCGCAGCGCCGCCAUGCUCGGCGCCAUCUUGCAGGCCCAAGGAGGGGGCGAUGGAGUCAGCUCCCAAGCACCCAAAGCUGCCGACGAUCAGGUAUCGGAUGGAAAUGGAAAGGAGAACAGGGAAAGGCUGGUGGUGUCGGAAAUCGCGGAACUGCUUGAGCACCACACGCCGCCGCUGGUGAUAUCAUCAUCGCCGCCGCUACACUGCCAGUCGGCAGCUGCCACGCCGCCAGUCUCCGAGGAAGAGGCGGAGCGCUCAUCUGCGUCUCGCUCCCCCUCCCCCAUCCUCCACCUGUGUCCCGACUCCCCGGCCAGCAAGACAGACUCCAGUGAGAACUCAGAGAUCUGUCCCGACGACAAGCAGAGGAACAAAGCCAAGUCUGACGAGGACAACUGCCAGGUGUUUUACAUCCACAACCUGCCAACCAGCGUGACCCAGAACAUGCUGAGGAAACGCUUCCAGAUUUUCGGCAAACCUGAGGACUGCAAAGUCAUCAUCUGCAACGAAGAACGCUGCGGGGUGAUAAAGAUCCGCCAGUCGGGGGUUCAAAAGCACUGGAGAGAGCGGGAGACUGUUUUCCAGAAUGGACCUGCAGGCCUACGGAGGCUGACAAGGAAACGCUACAUAGAUCUUGAUGAGGCAGGUCCGGGCCCCGUCAAGAGCAAGUACGAUGCACUGGACUUUGACACUCUGCUGAAGGAGGCCCAAAAGUCCCUGCACCGCUGACAGCCCGGCACCCUUGACUGGUCAGCCUUAGUGAACUGCAGCAACACCCCUCCUACUACUGGGCUCUGCCAUCAGACAGGCCUUUUAGUACCUCCAUGCAAGGCAACUUCGCAAAAUGUUUACAUUUUUACCAUUGGAAUAAAGUAACGAUAAGGACCUCGUUGUUUUUUUUAAGUUUCUUUCCCCGGAGGAUACUGCUUAAAAACGAGGAAGCCACUGGGAGUCCGGAGGAGUUAAGAGACAAUGGAGGAAGAAGGACAUUUAACAGCAAUGCUACAACAACUACAAACGAUAAUGAUAGUUCUUUGCUGAACAACAAAAACCAAGCCGUCUGUGUUGGUGGCACCAUCGCCCGGCUGGAUGAGCUGGGCAAGAGAGACCUCUGUAGCAAAUCCUUGCUAUUCCUGCGUUGCGUUGGUCUUCGUCGUGUGUGUUUCUGCGUGUUCUUUGUUCUGUUUGUUUUGUAAAAAAAAAAAAGGAAAAAAAAAGAAAAAUAAACUCCCUUUUUCCGGUUACGUGUGGUGAACCUGCAAGCUGUGUUCACCAUGGAAGUUGUGCGGUUGUAUAACCAGAACAAAAAAAAAAUUAACCCUGCUUUCUUUUAGCAAAAAUUGUGGAUGUUACAAAUUUUAAAAUCUAUUGUGUGUGUGUGUGUGUGUGUGUUAUGGACAAAGAAUAUGAAAAAAACAUUUAACGUAAUCAUUUGAUGACUGAUAAAGUUUACAAAUCUAAAAUGAAGAAGAAAAAAAAUCAUGUUUUCUUUUUUGUAACUGUAGUGCUUCCUUGAUUUGAUCUAUGCACUGUACGGGCCGCGAUCAGACAGAGCGCGUUUGCAGGUUGCAAAAAAAACGCGAGGCGCACUGCACUGCCUUUCUUGUUGACGACGCCCCGAUCAGACAAGUUGCGUCUUUUUUUUGACGUCAGGCGUUUUCUCCGCUCUGAGUUCAAGUUUUUUUCAACUCAAGGCAUUCAGGGCGCUCCGAAAAAAAAAAACGCAAAACGCUCAGCAACGCAAAACGCUUCGAUCUCAUUGAAAAUGAUUACACAAAACCACCCCAGGCUGCUAAAACGCACUAUGUCUGAUCUGGGCCUAAGGAGGCAAAUGCCUCCGCUGUCCUCCACUUUCCCCCUUUGACUCUAAUCUCUAACUCUGCCAUGCUGACUAUUUUGGCUUCUGCUACUGGCUGCUGCAGGCUCUGUUUGCUAGGAGUUUUUAUACAUUAAGACCCCGACUAUUUCCUGGAAAAAAAAGUCUUCUCUUAAAUGUUGCACAUGUUGUGAGUUGGCUUUAAAAUAAGAAAAAAAACAAGAAAAUAUUAAAAAUACUAGUCUGACCAGAUUUUAAACAUUAUUUACGGUUUCUGUAAAAGUUAAUCCUAGGAUUGGGAAUUAGAAAAUAAUUAAAGUUAGAAAUUAUUUCAGGGCUGAGUCAGAAUUGGCUAGUGUCAUUGCGGGUUAUUCAGAAGUGUGUUUUUACAUACUUCAUGGGUUGAUUUCGCGUGCAUUUCUUUCCCACAUCUAAAAGGGGUCGUGAAGUAUCUUUGAUACUGAACAUGUGUCCAAUAAAGGCUGCAGCCUAAUGACACCCCCUGAAUGCCACAGCCAAUGCAACUCAUUUUGUUUACAUUGGGACUGCAGCGAGCAGGCACACAAUGGGGAAAUGAAGAUGGUAGCCAUAAGACCCAUUUACAUACCGUGCCAUACUUAGUUCAUUGCUGAACUCAGUAUGAAGUUACCACAUUCGCUCUUUGUCCAGAUCAUCCCAAUCUAAUCUUCUUUCACAAAGUACUGUAAGUUCUCUACUGUAAGUGCUUUUUUUGAUUGUUUAGGAAUCAUUUAUUUUCCUGUUGACGCUAGUGCGUCACGUUUGGUUAGCUUGACAUUGGGUUUCAAAGUACAAAGAAGAACAAGACCAAUUUGCUCUCCAUAAUCCACCCAUGCAAUAGUGCCAUUGCCAGAAGUAGACUAAUCUGUUGGUUCAGAUGGAAUGUAUUCAAGAAUCUGAAUGUAAUCAUCGUAUUUCCCCCAUUUCUGCUUGCCCAAGGUUGUGGAGAUCUGUGGUGCUUUUAAGGAUACACCUGCUUAGUCGUCCCCGUUGACUGCAUGUGACAAAUUAAUGGCUUGAAGUACAGUCUAAGUAGCACCUAAUUGACAUUCCUGAUGCAGCCAGUAGCACCUGCCGUGAAAAGGGAGAGAGCCUCCAAACCCGCCAAUACAGUGGUACCAAACCUACACAGCCAGGGAACAAGCGAGGGAUGGGCUUGAAAGUAAAAAAAAAAACGAACAAUUGGCCGAGAAUCUGGUUUCUCGUCCGCGAGGUACUGUAUCAGCUGAGCAUCUCUACCUCACAUCCAUCCAUCCCUGCUCCCCCUGUGUUUUUAUUUCCGUCUUCUACUGGAUGCUCUCCCCCAUCUUCUCACUUUUUCUUUUUUUUUUUUGUCAAAAAUGUUCUUUAUGUGCGGUUUUAUGGGUAGUUUGGGGGAUUGUGUUUGAUUUUUUUAUACUAUGACUCCUCCUAAGCCCCACGUGAGGGGAAUAAUCUCUCUUUCUCUAACUCUUUCGCUUGCCUCAUAAUGGUUUUUAGCGUGUCCGUUUCUUGGAGUCUCGACCGUGUGUCCGUGUGUAACUGAGUGUUUCGUCUUUGUCUCGUGUUUGAGUCAGACACUGCUGACGCUUGCAGGUCGGUGAGGAGGGGUGGGGAGGGGUUGAACGGUGGCUUGGUGGUUGGUUGGUUCCUUGAGUGCGCUUGGAGGGGAAGAUUCCCUAAAUGUUCCUGUUUUCUCUAGGGACGCGCCAUUCCUCCUGAUUUCCCCGUUCCUCCUCUCCUUGCCCAGGAAUUUCAAUAAAACGCAGCCCGACUCUCUAACUUUAACUCAAUCGCUUUCCGUUUCUCACGGGUUCAAGGCCCUUUUACAAGGUCUUUCCUAAACCCGGUAAACUCCCAUGCUUUUUAACAGGUAAUCCUCCAGCCCCAUCCUCUUCCUUGUCUUUUGUCUAUCUAAUCAACUCCUUGGUAACACACAAAAAAUUGAAUGUUUACAUCACUAGAUUCUCCUUUGACUUUAUUAGGAACGCACACUAAGUACAAAGGCGCCUUAUUCAGUGUUUAAAAAAAAACAAAAAAAAAACAGCAAGUGAAGUGGCCUAGAGGCCUAGCGUUACCUUCCUCCAGGCUCACUGAUGUCUAAAACUAAACAAAUACAAUUUAGUGCUAUACAUACUGAUUGAGAAACAAGGUGUCAACUUUUUUUUUUCUUUUAAAGGAAGAAAAAACCGACAUUUUAACAACUAAUUGCAACUGAAUGAGUAUUUGUGCUUAGUAUGUAUACUACUAAAAAGUGAGAGAAUGUGCUGGUUUACAUAUUAAAAAAGUAAAUAUAAUAUAUGAAUAUAAAAUGUGUAUAUAGCACUAUGCCUCGUUGUAAACAUAACAUGUAUUGUGUGUGUGUGUGUGUGUGUGUGUUUUUUUUUUGUUUUUUUAAAGUGGCGGGUCAUAGUUGAUUGCUAAUCAGACAUAUGGUCAGUUUAGUUCCAAUGACUUCAUGUUUUUUUUUUCAGUACAGGGAGGAAAUGAAGGGAAAAAAAUUAACAUAACACAAAGUCCAACACUGUUAACACUGAAACUAAAAGAGAUACAAGUAGAUUUUUUUUCUUUGCUGUUUAUGAAAUGACAAAAUAUUUUUUUAUGUUUUUUUUUCCUUUCUUUAAAAGCAAUUUGAAAUGCAAUACGUAAUAAUCUUAUCUUUAAGACAGCCUUUCCGAAAAACUGAGGUAAUAAUGUACAGUGUAUGGUUGGUUGUUGAACGACAGCACGGGCAGUCUAUGAGCCGCAGAUUCAAUAGGCUACUGUACUCUAUGUAGACUGCUGUUAACACACACAAAAAAAAUCCCAAAAAUCUACAGGAAGAAUGUGGUAAGUUGCGUUGUAAACACAUAACACGUAUACAAAACGAAUUGUAUUAAUAUACUCUUGCACAAAUAACGUCCCAAGUAGUGAAAUAUCUUCACAGUUUUUUCUUCUUGUUGAAAAGGAAGCCAUUGUAACUAUGUUCUUACCACCUUUUUGAUGGUGCACAGGUUUGUUCAAAUGUGAGUUGCAUUGAACAUUUACAGUAACAGCAAAUAACUAUACAUGUAUGACUGGGAAAGGAAUGUGGGAGGGAGGAAAAGGAGAAAAAAAAAAGCAAGUUGUCGCUGGUUUGACCCGGUUCAAGUCACAUUAGCCGAUACAGAUGAGAUAGACACUGUAGAAAUCUCAGUUUCACUGCUGCACCUCUACUUCAUCCCAAAAAGGAAGCACUUGGAUAGAAUCAAUUACAAUCAAAGAUAAGUUACAGAAUGGUGUUAUGGUCCAACUAGCUGGGAGGCAUUCUAGCUUUGUGUUAGCAAGAUUGUAAAGUACUGAAGCAGGAUAGACGGUAAAGCGAGAAGGCAGCCUGAUUCGACAAAUUUGUGAAUGCUGCACAAACAGUAGUUUUACCUUGAAGUAGUGCGAGAGAAAGGGUGGAAGUCAAGGGUGUGAAUGGGAGAAGAAAUUUGCCUUUAAACUCAUGUGGAACGUUUUCCAAUUUAGUUCUUACCGAUGACCAAACAUGUUACCUUAAAAGGCUUUUAGUCAGCAAAUCUUAACACUUUGCUAACCUUUUCACAUAAAACUAUUGUAUGUGGCAAAGCUAGCUCUUGUUUAACUUGUUGCUUGGUUGUCUUUGUGGAGGAAGAGCAUAGUUUCAAUUUAUAAUCCAGAAUUCAGACUUCCGCCUAUUUGAGGAAAUCUUGAGACUGAAAGCAUGUGGUGGGAUUUCUACAGUGGCUGCCGCUGUGCCUCCAUUGUUCUAGAGGUCGAAACAACCCCAAUUUUCAUCAUGGCAAGCCUUAAAAAUCAAUCGGGGUGGGGGGAAAACAAAGCUACCACUAGCUUUUAUUUUAGUUUCAACUCCUUUCCAAUCCAAUGUGGUUUAUUAUUAAAUAAUUACUGACGUAAUUAAAACUUUUUUCAAUAGCCAUAUUAUAAAAAGAUAUAUACAUAUAUAUGAAUAUAUAUAUUUGUGUGUUUGUGUAGAUAUCUAGAUGAUUAUAUACUUUCUUAUAGAAAACUUUGAUGUUGACCAUUCUCCUCAGUGUUUUUGAGAACACGUUGACACAUUUCAACAUAAUAAUACUGCUGUCCACUUGGUCUAGGUCCUAGGUCGAUGGGCAACGAAUCCAGAAAAUAAAAUAAAACGUAAAAAAAACUUUCAAAAAAACUAAAAAACAAUCCCCUCGUCAGAAUGCAAUACCUUUUUGUCCAUUCUUCAUUUCAGAAAAAUGGAAAAUGGCAAGAAAACCAUAAAACUUGAUAGGCAAGUUGACCAAAAAAGACAAAACUUCAACGAUAAAGAGCGUGGCUCGUGAUGGCUCGUGAAAAAUGUGGCGUCUUCGACAGCCACGUCAGAUUCAGUUUUAGAGAUGUCAUGUUUCCGAUGCCAUGGCCCACUAAAAACACUUGUUUUUUGUGUCACUUACUGUUUUUAGUUUUUGAAAAAACAAUGUACCUGUCAUCUAGCUACACCAUCAAAUUAGCCCCUACCAGGACAGAAGUGUUUGCAAUACCGGCCUCAGAUUCCACUUCUGUGUUUGAUCUGUGACAAGGUUGUGUCAUAUUUCAACAUCAAAAGUUGUACAGUACACAGAAAAUCUAAUGGGCAACCUGUCAAACUUGAUGGCAACAGUGAUGUCAAAUAGGCACUUAGUACAGACUGCAAACUGUCAAAAUCUGCUAAAUGUGAGUGGGUGUGUUUUUUUUGGUGGAUAAAAAUAUUUUGACAUAAAAGGGCAUACAUUGUUUUUGUUUGUUUUUCAUUACUAUUGAUUUUAUUGUCUAUUUACAUCUAAUGACUAUCAAAUUCACGAAUUAUUUUUUUUUAACUUAGUUUUUGGUAAAACAAAAAAAGGUAAAUACUGCUAGCGAGAUUUUAUAUUUUUACAUAUGUUGGUUUUAUUUUUUGCGUUUCUUUUUUGUAUUUAUACGCCACUUAGUUUGGAUGUCUUUAAAUGGUGUUUUUUUUUUCUCCGUUUUGUGUGAUUUCAUAUGUCUUGAGAAUGUGGAGACAAAGGCAUUUCAGUAUUUUUGAAUUGUUAAAAUCUAGUUUCAUAGAAGCGGAAGUAUCUGAUGUUAUAAAUUAUAUUUUAAUUCAUGUAAAUAGUUUAAAACAGAAGACUAUGGCUUCCUUUUAAACUGAAUACAUUUCUCUUCAGAGAUUGUUUACAUUAUGGAACUGUAGAGAUGUGCUCCUCAUAUACUGUAUAAAGUACAUAUAUUCAUUGAUUUGCCUCCAAAAAAUAAAAUCCUAAUGAACAGCAUUA